AAUGUACUUAGAGCCAAGAAAUCUAUUUAGGCCAAGGACAGAGAUAGCUCCUCCCCUUGGGCACUGGUGGGUGAACUUGGGGAGUACAACUUAAGGGAGUAGGGUGUCCCCAAUAUAGUUUUUAGAGAGAGCCUGGGGGACGAACCUGGGAUAAUAAUUCUGGGCAGACUCUAAAAGUCAACAUCUAUUUGAAACAGUGAGAAAAAGAAGAAACAAAUGCAAAAACACUUGGAAAACAGACAAUUAGCCUGAGCAUCUGGCCAAGAUGCUUCUUCUCCGCAGCCCUCAGAUGCUGCAGACCCUGGAAAGAGCCUUGAGGAAGGACAUUCCUGAGUCUAUAAAGGUUUAUGGCACCGUCUUCCACGUGAACCAGGGGAAUCCAUUCAAGCUGGAGGUAUUGGUAGACAAGUGGCCAGAUUUUAAAACAGUUGUUGUCCGGCCUAAAGAGCAGGACAUGAUGGAUGAUUUAGAUCCCUACACCAACACCUACCAAAUUUAUUCCAAGGAUCUCCAAAGUUGUCAGGAUGCCCUCAAGUCUUCAGAUGUCAUCAACUGGAAGCAGCACCUGCAAAUUCAAGGUUUACAGUCUGGCUUAAAUGAGGUGAUAAAAAGUGUCGCCGAGGAAAAAUCAGUCCAGGUCAAGAUGACCAAUCGCAAUCUCUACUUGAUUUCUGAAACGAUGAAUAGACAUGCGCCUUCUCAGCAAAUCGUGGCUAAAUCAAGUGCCAAAACUGAAAAACCAAAAAAAGACAUGUAA